AUGACUCCUCGGACCGUGGGAGGAGAUUUGAUUCAGUAUCUCUCAGGCGUUGUCCACAUGGAGGAGUCCAUUCUUCUGGGGUACUUGGUGCUGACCAUCAGCUUCGCCGUCUUCCAGCUCUGCUUCUCAGUUGUCAGCCCCAGGCUCUCCUCAGCCCUCAGCCACAGCUACCAGGCCCUCCCCAGGAAGAAGCACCUUGAGUGGGACUCCAGGUGUGUGUCCACCAUUCAUGCCACCAUCAUCAGUUUUUUCAGCCUCUACAUCCUGCAGUACGAUGACGCCAUUAAUGCCAACAAACUGAGGGGAGACCCAAAGCUGGUCAGGCUCAUCGUGGCCAUUGCCUCUGGCUACCUGCUCUAUGAUCUGCUGCUGCUGCUCCGGUUCUGGAGCUUCCUGGGCGACGGGAUGUUCCUGUGUCACCAUGUUAUCUCUUUGUUUUCUUUCCAAUACCAAUUGAUCACAGGAGCCCUCCCAUACUUUGCCAACUUCCGCCUUCUCUGUGAAUUCUCCACCCCCUUCGUCAAUUUCAGGUGGUUCCUGGAUGUAGCCGGAUGGCCUCGCUCCUCCCCCAUUGUCUUCCUCAAUGGCCUGGCUAUGGCAGUGGUCUUUUUCAUAGCGCGCAUUGCCGUGAUUCCCACCUACUACCAUCACAUGCUGGCGUGGGUGGGCACAGAAGCCAUGGCCCAGUUGUCCCUGCCGCUGAAGUCCACGUGGGUGUUGUCCAGCCUAGGACUGGAGAUCCUCAACAUCUACUGGAUGUACCGCAUCCUACGGGGUCUCCUUCACGCCUUCAGGAGCCUCCAAAGCUCACACCGCAAGGAUUGA